UCCAGCCUUGAGACAGGCAGCAUCGUGAGGCACCCAGUUACUCCCUUACCUUAUCUACUUACUGCCUUACCUUACCUUACCUUACCUACCUACCAUAUACCUAACUACCUUAGCUAGCUGUAACAACGAAAUAUCAUUCUAUCGCGAUAACCGCAUCUCUUUAUUUUAUUUGAUUCAAACUGUACCAUUCGACGGGCCACAGGACUAAGACCUGUUUCUAAAAGACUAGACGCAUCGAGAUACCCCUCAUUUUCAACGACGGACAACGAUAUCCACCGUUAGCAAGUCAUCAUUUGUAUUUGCUUCGAACUUGUCAUUUUGACAUUUUGCCCUGAGAGGCCGUUGAUCACACCUGUGGAGCCCGGCGGAGAAAUAUCCCUCCCCCUCCAUCCAAUUGACCGCAGUCAGCCUCAACUGUGCGUCUAGCUUCCAAACGUCCGAACUCGACGCUUACCGAUCACCGCAUGCCACAACAACGGGAGCCGCUGCCGCUCUCCUCCCCUUGCCAACGACACAGUCACUUGGCUGUGAUAUUACAUCCUCCUGACACACAGCCGCCUGCUUGAGUGCGCGCCCAAGAUGUUCUGGCGGUUUGGCGGCUACGCCAACGUGUCGGCAAUCGACUCCAUCUUGGAGAAGAGCGAGUUCACAACCGAGGAGCUCCUCGACGAGAGCGAUUUAAUACAAGAGCUGAAGCAGCACAACACAAAGCUACUAGAAUACAUAAGGAAACGAGAAGUCCUCGAAAAGCUGCUGGAUUAUGCCGUCGCCCCAAAGCUUGAGGCCGUUGCGGUACCUGACAAGAAAGAGGAGGAUGAGAAGGGCAAGGCCCCUGCCUUUUCUUUCUCCCGUCCAAGAGCAUCAUCGCGCGCUGCCGAGCCUGGCUCUGAAGAGGAGGAGGCCGAGAAGCGGCGCAACAAGUAUGCAUUUGUUGCGAGCGAGAUCCUUUCAUCGGACAACUGGUCCGUCAUCGAGGCUCUGAUGGAUGUGCAGAACAGAGAUCUGCUCCACACAUUCUGGAAGUUCCUACAGAGGCCGUCUCCUCUAGACCCUCUUCAGGCCAGUUACUUUACCAAGGUCAACGAGACACUUUUCGACAAGAAGACGGAGGAAAUGAUCACCUUUUUGAAGUCUGUGGAUGGAGCUGUGCCAAAUAUGCUCCGCCAUGUUGACAGCCCGAUGGUGAUGGAUCUAUUGCUCAAAAUCAUCACUCUUGAGAGGACAGACGCGGGGCAUGGCAUUGUGGAGUGGCUUUUCACCAAAGAUGUGAUGCCAUCUUUGUUGUCAUUCCUCGGCCCCGAAAACAGCUGGGCAACUCAAACAUCGGCGGGUGACUUCAUGAAGGCCAUAAUUACGGUGUCUGCGAAUGCCUCCCAGAACGAGCAAACAUGCAUCGGCCCGAAUGAGCUGACUAGACAGCUCGUGUCCAAGCCUUGCGUCGAACAACUGAUCGGAUACAUGCUCGGUGGCGGCAAUGCGCUCACGGUUGGUGUCGGCAUCGUCAUUGAGGUUAUCCGAAAGAACAACUCUGACUAUGACCCGGAUGUGGGCGCCGAAGCAAAUUCUGUGCCCUCGAGUCGCGACCCAAUCUAUCUUGGGACUCUCCUUCGAAUGUUUGCUGAGAGCGUGCCAAAAUUCAUGAACUUGAUCAUGAUUGGCGAGGAGAAGCCUCACUUCGAAUCCACUUUUGGGGAGAGAAUCCAGCCGCUCGGCUUUGACAGGUUCAAGACUUGCGAACUCAUGGCCGAACUUCUUCACUGCAGCAAUAUGGGUCUACUGAAUGAGGUUGGUUCAGAGGCCUUGAUAGCAGCGAGGGACGCAGAGCGCCACAGAUUAAGGGCCCAGGGUAGCCUGACUGCCAUCCGGGGAGAGGAGGCACCUACCAGCGGAGACGAUCUGACUAUGCGCCUGGGCUCAUCACCCCCGGAAAGACGGCUAGAGAUCACGAACAUAUCUGAUGACGACGGCUUUGAAGAGGUCAUCAACGCAGCGGAGAUGCGGGAGGACACAUCUCACGAGUUCGUCAAGGCCGAGGAAGAGAUCCCCCAGUCACUUCCUGCGUCGUCAUUCCUGGAUAAGGACGAGGAUGAUUUUGUGGAUGAGCCCCUCAGCUCCCCGCGACUCAAUGUGUCAGACUCGAAAGUAGAGGAGCAACACUUUGAAGAACCCGACAUGGUUGUUCAACCGUUGUCCCCUCGGAAAUUGGCAACAGCAGAACUGGCCAAGGAUGAACCAGGAGACUCAUCUGAGUCGAACCCGACCUCCCAAAAGGUCACAACCACGAUUAAGGAGAUUGAGGGAAUGGUGCUUGGUGGUGAGAGCGGAGAUGCUCAUUCCGAUAGUUCUGAUGUGAUGAUGACCGAUGCUUCGAGUCUUCCUAUCCAUACUCCUACUUCUUCCGUUUCAGAAACAGCUCCUGGAAGUCCCAAACAAAGUGUGGCUAGCGCAUCGGAUGCUAAGUCAUCAGGAACAACAUCUGGCCCUCUUGAGCCCCAGCCAGAGGAUAUUCCAGCCCCUCUGUUCUCCAGUUCCCCUACCAAAUCUACUGCAGAUGCAACCGCAGAAGGUCCAUCAUCGACAUCUAACGAAGAGAAGUCAACCGACGUCAAGUCUGACGAUACGUCUCGAGGCGUCACCGCCACGACCGGUGCACAAGAAAGUGGCGAGGAAUCCAUCAUUGUCGGCCAUGAAGUCGAGCCGGCGACGGCGGAUAACGAUCAAAUCAAGCCGGUCGUGGGCGACUUUUUGAAAAUGCAGUUUGUGGAUUACAAAGUUGUGCCCACAAUAUUGUCCUUUUUCUUCAAGUACCCUUGGAACAACUUCUUGCACAACGUUGUCUAUGAUGUUGUUCAGCAGGUUUUUAAUGGUCCUAUGAACAGGGGCUUCAACCCAACUCUGGCAAUCUCGCUCUUUGAGUCCGCGGACAUCACAGCGCAAAUAAUCAACGGCCAACUUACUAGCGAGCAAUCUGAGGCCAAGACAAAGACGCGCAUGGGCUACAUGGGUCACCUGACCCUGAUUGCCGAGGAAGUUGUCAAAUUCAACGAGAGGCACCCACCGGAGUUGCUUUCAGAGACAGUGCUCGAAAAGGUCAUGUCUCCAGAGUGGAGCAACUACGUCGAGGGUCCGUUGGCGGAGACUAGGGAGCGCGACAAUGCGAUUCUCGGUGGUGUCCGGCCGGACGUGGCCAUGUCCAACAGAGCCGCUGCUCAGAGCAGCGGGCUUGCUGCGGUAGGCCUCUCCAGUUUGAGUGCCAAUUCUCAGGGUUCCUCGGCCCUGGCCGACGCUGGGUUGAACGGAGGGCUCGACCUUCAAGAGAACGGCGGUUCCAAUCUGUCACAGUUUGCUAUCAGCGCAGGAACCAUGGGAGGGCUAUCCGGUUUCGGAAGCUCAAGUGAUGAAGAGGAUGACGAUCAAGAGGAUAACGACGACGACGUCGCAAAUGAGGUUAGUGAAGACUUGCACCGCGAUAACACAAGGGAGCUUGCUUGAUUGAAGGGAAACGAGGAUCUUCUUCCCAGUUUUCUUGACGGCGAGGAUGGCGUCGAUGGAAUCACAACCACAGGGUCCAAGUGGAUUCCGUGGUGCAGUCGGCAUGAGAUGAUAACCCCAGCCUGGUGGUGUAUAUGAUAACCUCGCUGGGACCUUCAUCUGGCACUGAUACAGGUGCAAGUGACUUGUACUGUGGCCAUGCAUAUGUUGGGAAUGUUGAAUGGGGCGCAGAUAUGACUUGUUUGGAGGAGACGAGUCUACUUCUAUAUGGGAUUGUCUUUGCACCAAUGGAUUCGCACAAGCGAAUAUUGUGUUGCCUGCAUGGCAUGUCACGUCAUUGGGCGCCACGGGGUUGGAACAAACCAGUUAUUUCGAGCACGACGACACGAGAAUACGGGCCGAGACGUUCAUCAUACACAUCAGCCAUUGUGUGCAACACACCCUGGAGACUGACAUGUCAACCUGUUCCCUUGUCAACGACUGAGGAGCUCGACGAUACUCGUCUGCGGGUGAUCUCGACUCAAAUUCAUCGUUGACAAUUACCGAACCUUUCAGACUGUCGCCUUUGGUUUCGAUUCGGAGUGUAUCCCCAACAGCAUCAGCAUUCAGAAUCAAUACCAACACAUGAUACGCAUUAGCUGUCAGGAAAUGUCCAAAACACAGCUAACAGCCUUUCAGGAUCGUGUGGAAACAGAUUCAUAAUGGCAGUCACCAGCGGUUUAUAAAAAAAAAAAGAAGAAGCAUGUAUAUGUCUGGCGUGUUUGAUUGGAACAUUGUGGCGGAACGUUAAUUGUCAACCUUGGCGGAGUAAGGUGUUAUUGUGUCUCUCUAGGAUGGAAGAAAGCGGCUCUGGCGUUUUGGCUGUACAACAGGGAAGUCAUGGAUGCUGAUGAGGCAUGCAGCAGGUAUGAGAUUUUGAGGAGGAACUUAUAUCAGGCCAGUCUGGAAGCAAAAUUCGCUUUUUUGGACUGGGUUCUUGAUUCAGUCCCUCCUCAUCGUCUUCCUGUGUGUCUUUUUCGUCUCCAUAACUGGCCCACGAUGUGAUUGUGAUGAUUUGAUCCUUGUUUGGAGUGCAAUACCCUUAGGCGGUACGCGGUUUGGGUUGGAUGUUCAGAGUACGGGAAAGGAGCCUUGAGGAUACGACCCGGGCCGUCGACACGCGAAAGUCAACCGACCGAUACCAACUUCAACUUUCGUAUUUUCGUUAUCAACUUCCAUCGACUUGUGGAGACUGUGUUAUUAUUUCUUUUCGUCGAGAGAUUUCCUAUUGUCAGAUGUUUUUUUUUUGGGGGGGCAGACCAGCCGCUGUUUCGACAAGCGUCUUGGUGGAUGGGCAGUCUGGCUACUCAUUUACUGAGCUCAUUGACGUUUGGCGAUAGAUAGAAGGCUGACAAUUCUGAUCAUCUAGUUUCGUGCCUACACAGACCCACUGAAUUCUUCAAAAUCUAGCGGGCCAUCACUGAAUCCUCCAUCCAUUCCGCCGCCGCCUCCCCCGCCGCCGCCAUUGAACAUCCCACCGUCAAGGGCACGACUGCAACUUGCGGCGCGCUUGGCGAUGAACAAGCGGAACGCGGCCUCUUCGGCAGAUGGCGGGCAGGACAACGGAGCUCCCGGAUCCUCUGGCGAUCCAAACGACGUCAACAGAGCUGCAGACGACGACAGCCCCAACCAGGGCCUCUUGCACCAGCCGCUGCACAACAUUACGCUGGCAGAACGGCUCAAGGACCCGUUCGCCGACGAGGUAGAGGACGAUGAGGACGAAGAUGACGCCGACAGCGCCUUUGCCAACGCCGGGGACGACAAGGGCUCGACCUCGAGCGGUGGUGGGUGGAACCGCGGCAACUGGUGGCGUGGUGUGGUCCGCGGCGGUGGCGGAAGUGGCACCACCACCACCACCGCCAACGCUCAAAAGUCUGAAAAGUUUGGGGAUGGUAGGGACGACGACGACAGUGACCUCGAGGAUGACGACGACGAGGAGUUUGGCGACUUUGCCAUGCCAGAGGUCAUGGACCCGCCGGUGAGGGCCUCUGAUGGACCGGCGGGCAAAUUUUUCGACCGCGAGAGGGAAAAAGUCCUCCUUAAACCGCUUCCCGUUCAUCCGCCUCAGGGCUCUGGUGCUGUAGGUGCAGCGAGUGGGGGCAGCAUUGGAGGCGGGAGCAAGUUUGGCAGUCUCUGGCCAUUUGACGGGCUCGGGUUCGGAGGCAGUGCCGAAGGGUCCAAGGAGACUGCUGGCGAGAAGAAGGAUUCCGGGGCCGGAGUCGAGGGCUCGGCAGCCAAGGCGUCCGGACCGGCGAACGGGAAGGACCAGGAGGAACCUGUGGUGAUUAAUGAGGACGGGAAACGGGUGGAGCGGACGGUGGAGGCCAAGAGGAGAACGAGCAUUGAGGAUCCGGACGAUGAUGACGAUGAAGUCGUGGUUUAGGCGAACAUGUUAUCAGGUACAGGCAGGCAUGGAUCAAACUGGGGAAAUUGAACCCUGAACUUUCAGAGAGGGCUUAUGACAGUGGGCUUACGACUGGAUGCGACGAUCUGGACUCGUUGCCUUUGUUUAGGGAUAAGAUAGGCAUAUACACGCUGUUUUGUUUUGGUCUUGCUUGUUGAGUUUUCUUGUACGCUAGUUGCGCAACCUUGAGUUUGUAAGAUUUAUACGUGGAGCAUUGUGUUUUCUUUUGAUUUAUUUUGGUCUGUGCCGGGAUUAUAUCGUAGGUGAAGC